AUGUUAUGCAUCCAUUGUGGUGGAGCGUUUCAUUACAGUUGUGUGGACCCUGCAAACAGCUAUGAUUUUUCAACUAUCGAUACAAACAACUGGACCUGUCCCACUUGUACAGCCAAAAAGCCAAAGGCGAUUAAAGACGACAAUACUCCCAUACGUUGGGGCGCAUCACAAGCAUCGGCAAAUAGUACCGUUACCCAACGUCACAAAAAGAAAAAGACGUUGUCGGAACCUUCAUCAAAGGUUCAAACCAGUGAUACAGAACUAGAAAUGGAGCAAAUGAGGAGUAAAUUGGAAGAGGCGUUGCUGGAAACGGUGCAAAAUCGACCGCGACUUCCCCCGCAAGGCCCUAAGCAAGCGGAAUCGGGGUCUUGUUGGUCCUGUUGUGAGGGCUCUGAACCCAAUGCUGGUGACCUAUUUGGAAGCCAGUCGGGACCUUUGCGAGACGGACUCAAUUAUUUUUGGCGCCGCACUGGCAGUCUGGCGUAUUAUAUGCGGUUUCCACGGCUGGACGCGCUACCGGCCAAAGUAGCGCUAUCCCAGCAUGGAUAA